CACAAACAUAUCCUCAACAUCGCACUCCCUUCCGUGAAAGGUUACCGUCGUCCUCGAGUAUAUCUUUCUUUCUUCUAGCGUUUCGUUUUGUAAAUCCGCCAUUCAUUGUUGUGUAAUCAAGCCGGACCGGACUUCAAUUCUAAGCAAUAAUAAGUGACUAGACUACUGAUUCUGUAUUAUGUAUCGAUCAGAAAGGCCAAUGUCAAGAGGAACUCGAGUCUACGUUGGUGGAUUGGUUGACACCAAGAAAGAAGAGUUAGAAGCCGAAUUUGAAAAAUAUGGAAAGCUGAAUAGUGUUUGGGUUGCAUUUAAUCCUCCUGGAUUUGCCUUUGUUGAAUUUUCAAACCGAGAUGAUGCUGAAGCCGCUUGUGACAAUUUAAACGAUUCUGACAUUUUUGGAUCAAAGAUAAGAGUGGAAAUAUCUCGUGGAAGAGGAAGAGGUGGAUUUAGAGGAGGAAGGGGUAUGGACAGAGGUGGUAGAGGAGAUGGAGGUGGAGGUAGAGGAAGAGGAGGAUUUAGAGGCAGGGGUGGGGGUGGUUACGGGGGAGGAUUUGAUAGAGAUGAAGAACCAGUUAGGAAAAGUUUCAGAGGUUCACGAGGUGGCAGCAGAUUUGAUGAUUUUGGAGGUGGUGGAGGAAGGAGGUCUGAUUACGCUGAUGAUUAUGAUGGAGGGCGAGAAGUUAGUGUAGGAAGAGGAGGAUUUGGUGGGAGAGGGAGAAGCUUUGAUUCUCCGAGAGAAUUCAGGGGCAGGGGCCGUGGGGGAAGUAGGGGAUACAGCAGGGGAGGCGGCGGGGACUACGGUGGAAGGGUCUCCAACGGGGACUACAGUUCUGGUGACUAUGGUGGUCCCAGAAACACAUCGAGGUUCAGAAGUCGAUCACCUGUCAACCGUGGAAGCCGUCAAGCCUACUGAUGUGAAAAGGGUUUCAAAUGAAAAGAGGCGAAACGAUCCACCCGACCUACGAAAUAUUGAGAACUACGUUGAGAAACCUGCACUCCUCAGUAGGCUUAGGAAUAUCAUUUUAUCAUUUGUCAUUUCUGGAUAUUAGUGCAAUAGAUUUCAGUGUUUGUGUGUUGUUCCUCAUCUAGGAAUAAACAAGUCUAGUCUAUAAUUACAAGUCUAUAAGUUUUCAAUAUCCUUUAAAUGUAGUAGAGAAAUUACCGUUUUAUGUUAUAAUGCUCUUCGUUAACAAAAUAUCUUAGUGAGUCUUCGUUCAAAUAAACAAAUACUCAAUUGUGUAAUGAAUAUUUUUAUUACUUCGUUGAAAAUGAGGUAAAGAAAAUGUCUCCAGUUUGAAAGUUCAAAGGCAGUUGUAGAUAAAGCAACCCAAAUCACAAUACUAUUCAACUUUCCAUCGGUAAGUAUUAGGGCCUAAUCAAGCAAACCAAUCAAGUUAAACAGGGUAUAUGAUAAGUGUCAGCCUCAAGGCAUAGAUUACACAAUUUCUGACAACACUUUUUGUCACUGAUCAUUUUAAGAGUAUAACAACAGUAUAACAAUUCUUAACAUCCAAGUCAUUUUCAGCAUUAAUGUAUUUAAUUUUAUUAUUGAUGGUUAUUCAACUGCCAUAAAAUAUUAACAAAUGUCUAGACAUUUUUGUUAUCUUUUUAGAGUAUUAUUUUAUUUCUUUGUAUAUAACUGAAACUUGGAAGUCUUGAAAUAAAAGUCUUUUUUAAGUAAA